ACGUCAGUCAGCUGGCGUCUCGGGGGAGAGCGCAGAGCGCGCCUGCUGCAUCACCGUGCCGAGUAACAGCAGCGGCAGCAUCGCCGCUGCGUGGUUGGAGGUGGGGGGGGUGAGUGGUGGGGGGCGGCGUCAUUAGGGAAAGGCCGGCAGGAACAUUCAAGCCUUCCGAUAGAUGACACAUCAUCUCAUCGUGCCGCGCGCUUGAUUGAGCAGCAGGCGGAGGACCGCGGUCGGUGCGCGCCACGGGCCAAACGAAACGGUAGGGACGGGCGCGGCGGGUCGGGUGAUAAUAGGUGGUUCCGAGAGAGGGAGGAAUCCUGCAGCUGCUGCUGCUGCCUGGCUCCCACGCCCAGCCCCGGCCGGCUUCCUGCGCCCCCCCACCCACCGCCCAAGCCACGAGGAGCAGCAGCAGCGAGCUGGGCUCAGAAGACAGAGAGGGAGAUGCCGCUCCUCACCUCGGCGCCUUGCGUCGUCCUCUGCGCGCUUCUCAGCAUCACGGUUGUUGAGUUGCUCGAAGUGCAGGAGGAUGAGGACGGGCGGAGCCUGCGCGUCUGGGCACGUGCAGGCGAGGUGCCUGCCAACGCGAGCAGCACGUGGCUGACCGUGCAGCAGAACUUCAGGGAGGUGCUCCGCACGCCGCCGCUGCCCUACAUCCCGACAGGCCCCGCUCUGGACGUGCGGCCCGUUUUCCCAGGCUUCCGCUACACCGUCUCCCUGUGGGCCGCCUCUGGGAACACCUCUGUCGCCGCGUGGUCGACCAACGCCACCGUCAUCACGAAGCCCCCGGGUGUCGUGCACGCGGAGGUGAAGGAGAUCCCGGAGCUGCGUGAAUCGGCGGCGCUCGUCACGUGGAACCCUCCCAACCGCUCGUCUGAGGCGCAUUACGAUGGCUUCGAGAUCUCCUACACACAGGGCAUCCACAUCGUCCACAUUUACGUUAUGGACCCAGCAGUAAACAAGAACAUUAUCAAUGGGCUAUGGUCUGGAAAAUGCUACGAGGACUUGGCCGUGCGAAGCGUGGUGCGGGAUGGCCACAAUUACGUCCGGAGCAACUUGCACCACGGAAAGUUGCUUUUCCGUCCCGCACUACCUGCCCCUCAGAAUGUGUUGGUGGUGAUAUUGACCGGCGACGAGAACCCAGCCCAAAGGACAGAUGUUCUCAUUGCGAACGUCGUGCUGCCAAACCCCACGAUGGCUGCUACAGCUGACCCGACAGACACACUCGAGCAGCAGAUGUCAGGAACCGGUACUCUGCCAGACAUGGCGACUCCGAAUUCGCCGUCAAAUGGCGAGUCCAGCGAGAGUGGAAACUUCAUUGAAGGUGGAGAUGACCCGGCAGGUGGCUGGCUCCACGGUCGUGACUUAGAUGGGGCGGUUGUGAAGCCCGGAGAUUUGGCGGCCCGUGCGAUGGUGCAGUGGGACCCACCCGCGGUCGCUCACGCUGAUCUCAUCGACAGCUACAAGAUUUACCUGGAGAAACAAGGCCAGGUGACCCUGCUGGGCUCCACGGCGACCUCCAGGGCUCUGCUGCUGCUGCAGGGCCCGGGCAGCUACCUUGUGCACGUCCGGGCACUCAUCCGUGCCGGGCCAUGUGCGAGCACCGAGAGCCAAGCCGCUUCUGCUCCCAUCAACAUCUCACACAGCCAGCUGGAGCCGAUCGACACGGAGGGCCACCCGAACGGCUCGCUGCAGGAAGCGCCAGCGCAGCCCGGCAACGUGAGCGUGCGGGUGCUGGACUCCGGCUCCGCUGCUGUGUUCUGGGAGUCGCCCGGCGAGGCGCGGUAUGACUCCUACCUCGUCCUGCUGCAGGCCCUUGACUGCGGCAGUGCCCGCGGGCAGCACGACGACUGUUCGCUGAGGAGCAGCACGGAGCGCGUGCUGCGAGGGCUCACGCCGGGGCGGCUCUACGGGGUGCGCGUGUCGCUGCGCUGGGGCGGCGUGCGGGGUCGCGAGUCGGAGACCUACAGCUUCCGCACGGUGCCAACAGGAGUAAAGGAACUGAAGGCGGAAGGCUUGGACCCCUUCACUGUGAAGCUGUCGUGGAAGAUCCCUCAGGUGGUGUUCUUCACCAGAUACAUUGUCCAGCUGUUCUACUUUGACCUGCACCAACAAGAGUCCAUCAUGAGGCAAAUCGACAUCGCGGAAAACAACACCAAGAGACAAACCGCACUGGAGCUCGAAGAUCUGAUCCCUGCUUGGGAAUAUGUCAUUAGGGUCAUGAUGCAGAGUGGAGAAAAUUCCACGGCACGGGUUUGCUGUCCAGAUUCAUCGCUUAUUCAUGUCACGUCUCCGCUGUCUCCUGAGAUCGUGGAGGUGGCGUACGAGCGGCGAGUGCUGCGGGUGCGCUGGCGUUACCGCCACCCCAGCGUCUCCUCCGCGCACUCCCGCCUGCUGCGCUGGGAGCUCGUCGUGUCGGGACUCCGCGUCUACAAGAAGGACGUGGAGAGGAAGGUCAUGGAGGCCAGCGUGCUCGUCACGCCGGGGGACUUGUACAACAUCUCGGUAGUGGCCUUUACCCAGCACAGGCACAACGUCUCUGCGCAUCACGUCAUCAGCACCAGCCCAGAUUCCCCCAGGGCGGUCAACAUCCUGAACGUGACGCAGACUUCCGUGAGCCUCGCGUGGAGCUGCGAGGGGCUGGUAGACUACUACCUUGUGACCUACUCCAGUCUGGAUUCCGAUCAACACAUCAAGCUGGAGCAGCUGAGCAAGGAGGAGCACAUGACGAUCAGCGGGCUCUCGGCAGACACGCGCUACAACAUCAGCCUGGUCAGCAUCAGCCAUCAACUGUCCAGCCCUCCAAGCAGCCUGCUCAUCACAACUCCGGCGUUGCUGAUGAACACCCUGGUGCUGGCCAUCCCGCUGGUGCUGUCCAUGGCGCUGGUGCUGACCCUGGCGCUCGUAUACCUGGUGCUGCGCCGGCGCAAGCAGCGAGUCGAGAGCAAGGCCAUGGGCGGAACAUUUCUGAAUUUUGCUGCCAUUGAUGGAGAUUUUGGUAGCGCGUUCCGAAGGUGUCGAACUCUGCCCGCUUUCCUUGCCUCUCUGCCUUCCUGUCUGCGGACGGGAUAUUUUCUCGUGCCGCCAUUUGUUUCUUGGGCAAGAAAACAAGGACAAUUGAAAAAACUAUCCAAGCCAGUACAACUGGAUGACUUUGAAAUGUACAUCAAGGAAAUGUCCAAGGACUCAGAUUACAAGUUUUCCCUUGAAUAUGAGGAUCUCAAGUUGGUUGGGCAGGAGAUGUCUCACAAUGCUGCCAGCCUACCGGUGAAUCGCCAGAAAAAUCGAUACUCCAACAUCUUGCCGUACGACACGAGCCGCGUGAAGUUGAUGGCACUGGAAAGCCACGAGGGCUCAGAUUACAUCAACGCCAACUUCAUUCCGGGCCAAAACUGGAUACGGGAGUUCAUAGCCACACAGGGACCCUUACCCAACACCCAAGCUGACUUCUGGCGCCUGGUUUGGGAGCAGAAUGUUCGCGUCAUCGUCAUGCUCACCCAGUGUGUGGAGAAGGGACGGACAAAAUGUGACCGAUACUGGCCCCUGGACACGAACCCGGAGUGCCACGGAGGGGCCUUGGUCCAGCUGAUUUCUGAGUACGUGCAAGAGGAGUGGACUACGCGCACAUUUAAACUCAUGCUGCAGGAGGAGGAGGAAACUCGUGAGAUCACCCACUACAACUACACGGCGUGGCCUGACCACGGCGUGCCCACUGACAAGAGCAUCGCGGGGUUGCUGCAGUUUGUGCGUCUGGUCCGCGGCAGCCAAUCGGAGCCCGUCGUCCGUCCUCUCGUGGUGCACUGCAGCGCCGGCGUGGGCAGGACGGGCACCUUCAUCGCCCUGCACCGCUUGAUCCAGCACGUCCGGAAGCACGAGUUUGUGGACAUCCUGGGCCUGGUGGCGGACAUGCGGCGACACCGUCCAGCCAUGGUGCAAACGGAGGACCAGUAUCUGUUUUUGCACAAGUGCGUGCUGGCCAUGUGGAGGGAGCGCAAGUGGCAGGAGCCCUCCUACGCCAUCGUGUUCGAGAACAUGAGCUCUGAGCCGCCGGGCAGCGGCCGCGCCAGUAGGCCGGGCUGCAUGGAUUCCUCGCCGUGAUGCCAAAAGUACAUCGUGACCACAGCUAGAGUUCCAAAUCCACAGAAGCAGCUGGCUCAGACAUAAAACUAAAACUAUCCACACAGAUGGUCCCCCAACGUGCCAGGACUUAGAGGAAACAGCCUCGUUACCUUACGAAGCACUCACAGCCACCAUUAUUGCUGCGACUUGGUAAUCGCAUUUGUUAUUGUGUCGGUAAGCAUGCGGCCGUUAAUAGAAUGUAAAAUAUGGAUUCGCCGCGGGUGGAACGACCACGCGAGGAUGAGAGGCGUGAUUGUUGUGUCCUCGUAGCUCGUUACUCCCGUACUAGCCCAGUAAAGUUUAGACAAGAGUUGUAUAUCGUUGUAGAUGGUUGUAGUAAUAUUCCACUGAAUCAACAGGAAAUCAGUUAGGACUGUGCGUGUGUGUCUACAGAGCAUAUGAUCAAGAAGAGUGUCAGGAGGCACUGGCAGAGCCAGUGGUGGGGGUGGGGUUGCACGUGUUCCCCCAUCAUUGGGGUUUAUUAGUAAUAAAUCGGCAUUUUGCGACCCCCACUGCCACUAUGUAGCAUAUUAUUACGUGCCAGGGACUCUAUGAGAUGAUAGGACAAUAGUCUGAGUCCAUAAUUGGCAAUAAGUAACGGCAAAGCAGUUAUAAGUGACUCACAUAAUUGUGCGCAGUUACAUUUACAGUACACGACUUCCCUGAAGGCAAACACCUUCAGUGAGCGUGAUGCCGAUCACACACGGUUCGAAUUCGAUCCUCAGUUGAUGGCUGCGCCAUCGCCACACAUGCGUCGAAUAAAAAUCAAGGGACAAGUCCUUACUUACUAACAACUAAUCUCUAUCAUUUUCCAUUGCUGGAGGGGUUGCCCCCCCUACCUGAAAAUCCUGGCUCCGCCAUUGUCAAGAGGCAAUGAUUCUCAAGUGUAUGACUGAGGGAGUGGGUUGGGGGGUGUUCUGUGAAGGUCACCUGGCAUAGCAUCAUCGCAACAGCCUCCACCAAAGGAAGAGUUCCAUUAGACGUGAAAACUGAUUUAUUUUCUUAACAAGAGGGUCACAGAGGCAUCACUCCUCAGCAUUCUAUUGUCAACAGUUGUACAGCAUCACCUGGCGAUGCAUGCUGAGGAAGGGUGCAUACAACCCCAACGUGGGUUCAGUCGAGGGUUAACUUUACACAAAUUCCAUGUUUUCCAUCCGUUUACUGCGACAGGUGCAGGUGUUUUCAAUACGAGACGUAUAUCUGUGACGUGUACUUGGUCAAGGCCUGUGACAUCAUCAAUUGACCCAUGUUGCAGACGUUCCAUUGUGCCUUUGGUGACCUAUGCAGUGGGCCUCAGCAAUACCUGCAGGUGUCUCUGCCAGGUGUCAUGUGCACAAGGCCUGCCGACGACUGCAGAUAUUGCAAUACCAGCAUAGUGAUCCCCGAAGUGCUCUUAAUAUAUUUAUAAUAGCAAUCGCGUACACAUGGCAUAAACCAUUGUUACCUGCCACAAUCAUGGCAUGCAAAACAACAACCUCCCACCCUGUAAUAUAUAUACUACCACUACCAGUACAUUAUUUUGGGCGCCACGGUGGCGAGAUGUUAACUACCUCGCCUGGUAUACAGGAGGCUGUGGGUUCGAUUCUGACCCUGACACCCGCUGUAUAUUUGGAGUUCGCAUGUCUCUCUCCCCAUGGUCGCGUGGAUUUUUCUCCGGAUCCUCCAGUUUUUCCCUCCACAUUUAGAUACAUACAAUUAGAGUAUUCAGCUGCUGCUAUAAAUGUCCACAUGAUAAGCCACUUCGUUGAGCUAUCAUUUGUGGCCAGAUCGCUUGUGGCCAGAUCGCUUCUGAAAAAGAGCUUCAUAGCUCAGUGGGCCUUGCCUGGUGAAAAAAAAUACUUUAUAGUUUAGUUAUUAUUACUCAAAAAUAUAUUUUUCUCGUGUCCGACCACCACAGUCAUAUGUUUGACCAGUUCUGGGUGCAUGGUGGUUAUGAUGGUGGUGGUGGUAAUGAUGAUGAUGGUGGUGAUGAUGGUGAUGAUGGUGCUGAUGGUGGUAAUGGUGGUGGUAAUGAUGAUGGUGGUGGUAAUGAUGACAGCCUUUGCCGAAUGUGAUAUGACCCGCCUACAAUCUAUCCUGGAUAUAACCAGGCUGUAUUGUGUGAGGAGCUCACAAAUCCUUGAAAGAUCUGGACAAAGUCCCAUCGGUGAGCUCCUCUGGCAGGCAAGGCUGCGUUGGCUGGGUCAUGUAGCCCGCAUACCCAGCCACCCUAAACAGCUUUUGUUCAGCUGGAUAGAGGGGGCUUAACGGGCGCGGCACGAGCUAGAGAAGAAAUUAAGUGAUGUGGCACAAGAGGAUGUGGAGCUGAGUGGACUUGCCGAUAACUGGUGCCAGCGGUAUCAAGAUCGGCCUCUGUGGAGGAAGCUCAUGAAGGACACUACUGGACAGCUAGAGGCAGUCGCCCUGCAACAACAAUGGAGGGCAGAGGAGCGAUGCUCACAACAACGAGCGGAGCGCCGGGUGGAUAAAGCACAGAAAGUUGGCACAGUAGGGGGCACAGGUGCUGCAUUGGCCAGUCAUGUUAUUCAGUCUGCCCCGUGACCUCAUGCCAGUGGGCGUUCGACACUUCACGUAACCUCAACGUGCACAUAGCCUGGCACAAGCGCCGUGGUGACCUCACCACCACUUAGUCGUGAAUGGCGGUUGUUGUUGUUGAUGAUGGUGGUGUAAUGAUGAUGAUGGUGGUGGUGGUGAUGAUGAUGGUGGUGGUGAUGUGGUCCAAUCUGUUGCCCUGGUGAGGCACGCAUGGUGCACGGCUCCCCCAAGAGCCGACAAACUCAAGAGAGGUUCCAUGGUCCGUGUCUCACCAAGGUCACUUGUGUCAAUAUUGACGUUACAAAUCGCUUAUCGCAAGCCUUUUCAAUGUAUCUGCAAUACCGCUAACAAUACAUUGGUUUGCUACUAUGACAUAACAACAUUGCUAUUAUAAAUUGCUUAUCACGUAGUAUGACUCAAUGCCUCGUAUUGGAAAAUAAUUUUCAGAAGGCGGAUCACGAUGCUUUUAUUAAUUUCCCAUUGAAAGUGAACAGUGAUGCCGAUGUGGAGUUUGCGUCCAUCAUUGCCCAGUUCACCCAGGUGAUACGGAGUGAUACCAAUCUUUUGUGUUUAGUGACACCCACCAAAUCGAGUUGAUUAUACCCACGAUGCCAAUAAGACCGUGGCGGUGUCAUGCGAUCCAAUUCAGUGCUGCGAUCGCGUGUAUUGUGCUCAUUAUCAUGGUGGGAAAGCACACGUGUAACUUCGUGCUGAGGAGUUAUAUCCAUUCACUCUCCAACAAUGGGGGUGACUAGCAUUGUCUACUCGAUCUACUUCUUAUUCCUUUUGAGUCGUAGAUUUUGAGCGGGCUCCCUGAUCCACACAUGCAUACAUUUAACGCUGGUAAAAUAUAAAUAAUAAACUGAUGAAUAUGCGGACACAACUCAUUGGAUGGAUUUGAGCUAUUGUGUCUGCGCUAGAAGCUUAAACCCCUUCCUUACGAGGAUGUAUAGGCUCUGUUCCUUGCACAGAACAUGGGCACGAAGAGGUGGUUACAAAAGAGCUGGGUGAGUGGCUCCAUAUUUCCCAUAACGUCUGCAUAUUGUGAUUGAGGAUGCAUUGUGGAGGUAGAAGAGUUCAUCUGCCUGUGAAUAUAAUUUGUCAUGGCUAUAGCUUCUACAAUCUACACAGAUGUGUCCAAAUUGUGGCUACCAAACUUUUCUACGUGAAAUUGAACUCCUUGUGCUAGAACAUCGACAACCAACUCACAAAACAUGUCAGCAUUCAUACGAGCAGGCCUGCCUGUAUACCGUCCUGGUGGGACUACACAAACAGUUUGCAUAUAUUUACAAAGGCCUCUGUGAUUGCCCGAGCAGAGUAGGCGAGGCUGAGGUAAUUUUUGUCAGAAUCGGUGUUUCCCUUGCCGCGAAUCCACUUUCCAAAUAUGUUUUGUUCAUCUGAAAUAUAUCUCCCUGUUUCUACCAUUCGUUCCAGUAGUGGAACCCAUUUUUUCUUAUUGUAUAUUCCACAUUAAUCACGUGCCCCUGUGUCCUUUGUGGAAUUCAGAACCAACAUUUUCGUUUUUCAUACCGCCAUUAGGAUGUUCACUUAAAUUUUAAAUGAAUUCACAUGCGUUUGAUACCAUAGGCCUUUCGUGCUGGCUUUCCAUUGCCUGCAUAUCAACUCAAGGAUAACUUUACUUCCUCGUUACUCCGUUAAAUUAUUCCUCCCCCAGUCACUGUUUUUCUUUCAAAUACACAACGGCAGUCACGGGAGAAGUCACUUAAGUAAUUACCAAAUGCUGUCGUCACGGUGAGUAAUUAUGCCUUGGUGACUAUCUUCAGGACCUUGGGCCUAAUUGGUGAAUCCUGGCGAAAAUGUUUCCCAAUUUCACGUAGUUCAUCCAAACGGCUUCCAAAUGUGCGACGAACAGAGCCCCAGGCAGCCUCAGCACAGUAAUUCGGAUUGGAGGAGAGAGUGGCGGCACCAGUUCUGUCCCGCAUCUUCUUUUCACUCUGCCUUAUAAUGCUGCAUCUAGCUUUGCCUGUCAAAGGUGAAGCCACCUCGAGUUGAAUAGUUAUCAUUGUGUGUUCAUUCUUUUAAAUCUUAAUUAUUAUUUUAUCAGAUCGUGUAAGUAGGUAAAAUUUGCACUAUAAUACACUGCGUACCCAACAGAGCCAAUCAAAUUAAAUGCUCAUGUGGUGCUAUCAGCAGAGUAGAUUUUUUUUUUAUGUAAAAUUUGUCAACAUUUUUCUCACAUUUCAACAUUCAGUUUCGCUAAUAAAUCAAAACGAUUGCUAUAUUUGCCCACGUGACAGCCUCAUUUGAUUGGCUGUGUGGGGUAGUGGAAGGUUACAGUUAGUAAUGUACAAUGCCUACACGACGAUCUAACCCAACAGAACCAAAUUGGUUUGUGAAAGCCUACGGAUAAAAAUUGUUCCCUAUUUUGUUUACUUGAGUCAUCAAGCGUCAAUUGAACCAACAAUGAAACAAGAAUGCAAUCUUGGAAGAAAAUACAUUUUCAGAUUUUGCUUCAACUAUCUUACUCCAAACACACUCUAGGCCAUUUAUCCAGCAUAACAUUUUACGAAAGACUUAUUUGUAAGCACUUCCAGAGCUGCUCUAUGUGUGUGGACCAGAUACAAAUAUUGACGAUAUGGCCUAAACCGCAUUGUUGUUGGUGACUUGUCCUGAUGCCUGUUUAUGGAGAAAAAAAAAUUUGCCCAGAAAUUCGAUUGAUAAGAAGACGCACCAUUACGUGAACCUGGCCCUACACACACACGUGUAUAUGAAUGUUUAUGAAUUCAUGAGAUGUAACCAAAGUCUAUUUGCACUGCUAUUCAAUUACAUGGACACCGCUCGAAAGUGUUACUCAAGCAUAUGAGACUAUGAAGGGGCAUAUAUUGCGGAGUUGAGGAAAGCUCAGUCUGGCUGUUCGUCGAAGCGAAGUGACAACGUACCGCCAUUGUUAUUGUGGCCCCAGUCGAUGGACUGCGUCAUGAUUUUCACGACAGUAUAAGGACAACGUUGCAGAUACAAAUGUGUUUAACAACUCCAUGAGCUGCUAAGUGUAACAACACGACGUUACUUUCUCGUUGGACCACUGUAAUUGCUUUAGCUCGGUCACCUAAUGUACAAUCAAUCUCACAUCUUGACAAUAUAUCAGCACGGUAGCAACAGUUGGUGACUUGCGAAAUAAAUGUAAACUAUAAGUGUGAAUAUUAUUGGGUCUUUCGGUAAAGUCACGUAGAUAGGUUCAAACAAAUAACCUAUCUACGUGACUUUACCGAAAGAUAUAAUUAAUAAUAAUAUGAAUUCCUGCAGUCACGAAAGCUUUAAGUCAAGAUUUAUAAGUGUGAACUCAAGUACCGUGCAACUCCAAAACGAAUCUUUUGAGUCUACCGUCACAUCGUCCCCACGUGUUUUGUGAGCUCUACUGCUCAUCAGCUCGUGUUGACGUGUGCAACUCUUUUAGAUAUGGUUUCUACUUGAGAAGUUUUCUUGAGGGAUCGAUGUCCAUGCUGGCUGGAUUUUAAAGGAAUCCACUGUCACCAAUCCCUGUUUCACUUUGCCCACCGCUGUGGCAAGCGAUACAUUUUAAGACUCAAACGUUUAAAAUGCCUUACACAGUAAAUGUUUUACUUAAGCAUAUUCAACAUUACAGACAUUGUUGAAAAACUAAAUAAUGAAUAAUAGUAAAUUUAUAUAACACAUAUAUCACAAUGUAAUGCUAUUAACAAUAGUAUGGUCUACACAUUGUACAUAUAUAC